CAUGGCUGUCGUGCAUUGUGAUGAUUAUCAGCGAGAGUUUGUGCGGCCGAGUGUCGCACCGAGUGAACGCGAGUAAUAUGGAUGUGGCACGCCAGGCUCGGAGACCCAGGCUGUCGUCUGGGUAAGCAAUGAAUGUACUUCGUAUUUUGACACCGUGUGUGUUACAACGUAGACGCAUAAGGGGUAUAGAUAAUACUGAUAAAAGGGACUCCUGGUUUAUAAGAAGGCAGCUUGGAGAUGCCUCUCACAUGACACAUAGAAUGGGUGCUUCUGCAUCAUCAAGCAUCACCAGUGUAGGUGGAGAUUCAGUCCAUGCAGCCAGACUCUCGGCGUCAAGUAGUCCAGAACAACAUGGCAUUUCAGUUAGAGAAAAAAAGAAGAAGAUGACAGGAUUUGCGACGCUACGCAAGAAAUUUAUUAGAAGACGCCGUUCUUCUAAAGCGUGUGAUCAUGGUAGAAUUAUUAGAGACCUGGUGUCCACAUGGAGUCACUUAGAAGCAACUGCUUUGCUUGAAGAGUAUGAAGCGUUAGCUGCAUUGAAAGAUCUUCAUGUUCAAGCUGAAUUAGCUAGACCGCCAGCGGCUACUUUUAAGCAAGAUCUGUCGAUGUUAUACGAUUUCAAACACUGUUCCGAUGUGGAUCUUGUAUAUAGAGGAGCAUGUUUUCCCGUUCAUAGAGCCGUGCUUUCCGCCAGAUGCCUAUACUUUAGGGAUUUACUGGCUGGUUGUCCUGGAUAUGGUGCUAGAAUAUGUUUGGAGUUAAGAACUCCACAUCUUGAAGUGCAGAUGUUCUCAUUAUUAUUACGGUAUCUUUACACUGGUGAUAUUUGUCCACACGAUGCAAUUUUGGAAGCAAACCUACUUCGACGACUCGGAGAAGAGUUUGGAACUCUAAAUCCACUGGAACAUGAUCUCAGAUAUUUGCUGGAUACCGGCGAUUAUGCAGAUGCUGCUCUUGUAUUCACAUCGGACAACGAUUAUCAAAGACCGGAUAGUGGAAGUUCGGAGUACGGAUUUCGUCCGAAAUUAGAGCUGCCAUGUCACAAAGCAAUACUUUCUGCGAGAUCUCCUUUCUUCAGAAAUUUAAUACAAAGACGAACUAGAUCGGGCGAGGAUCACACAGAAAGGGCGCUUCACAUACCUUCUAGAAUAGUGUUGGAUGAAAGCGUGAUACCUAAACGAUAUGCUAGAGUAUUACUACAUGCUGUGUAUUUAGAUACCGUUGACUUAUCGUUAAUACUGAGAGGAAGCGGUUGUGGAAGCAGCGCUGGUAGUUUGGGAGAAGUUCAAGCUCUAACACAUACGGGCCGAAUGCGACCAAGCCCACUAGAAGAAGCGAUGGAGUUGUACCAGAUUGGACGAUUCCUCGAGCUUGAUAUAUUAUCACAAGGUUGCGAGGAUCUUAUUUUGGAGUACCUCACCUUGGAAUCGCUACCAACUGUUCUCAAAUGGGGCAGUCAACCUCACGGAUCAGCAUGGGUGCACCGACAAGCGUUGCAUUACUUAAGGGAGGAAUUUCAGCCAAUUGCUUCGUCCUCGAUUCUUCAUCAGUUAGAUCAUGCCCACUUAGCGAAUGUUUUACAGAGCCAUUUUUUACAAGCGAGCGAACUUGAAGUACUGCAGGCAGUGCUCAAGUGGGGCGAACACGAAUUAGUACGUCGAAUGGAGGAUCGGGAACCUAAUUUGCUUAGCCAUACCGUGCAUUCUGUGACAAGGAAGGGUAUUAAGAAAAGAGAUCUCAGCGACAUCGAAUUGCGGGAGAUAUUGAGUGAACUUUUGCCUCUUGUCAGAAUAGAUCAUAUAUUGCCACCGAAUAGCGAAGCAUUAGUACAAGCUAUUAGGAGAGGAUUAGUUUCAACUCCACCAAGCCACAUGAUAGGAGAUGAAAAAGAUAAUUUGAGGGUAAAUGCUUGGAUAAGAGGCGGAAAGAAAAAUGGAUUUUUUGUAAGGCCAAGGCUAUUCAUGCCGUAUUAUGAAGAGAUCAAGUCCUUGGUGGAAGAACAGAUGAUUCAGGAAGCUGAUUUAGUGAGAUUACGAAAGCCACGAUAUGUGGCAGAUAUACCGGAUGCGUUGUAUAUGGUUGAAGAGAAACCAAGAGCCAUGGGAACUGCUGGUGUUGAUGUCCUUGCAGCUGCAUUUCCAGUACCAGAUUCUGCAACAAUGGCCGCAAUGUUGAAACGUGAGCAGAAAUUGAAACAAUCGCCCAGUUGUCAACGAGCGAUAAGUUUGCCGCUUUCUUCACGACACGAAAUUAAUCGACAAGUGCGUCUACGCGUUGUCAGGGAGUUCAAUUUACCCGACACUGUGGCCGAUCUUCUUGAAAACACAGCGUCUUACAGUAUGAAAGAGCAAAACGAGCAGAGGAUGACAGAUAUAGAGGACAUUGACUCGCCGGGCAUGGGUAUUCGUGUGAGAACUACCGCCCCGGUGUGUUACGGGAGGAACAUGACAUUUCCUCGGCCGACUUCGUCUUACGCACAUAGACACGAACUUCCAGCUAUAGUGACCGAGGGAGAGAGCAGACAUGCCGAGCGGCAAGAGGGCAAUUCCUGCAGCGAUGGCCAACUGUCGGGCGUGAUGCCGGAUGUAGCGAUGGCGACGUCCUCCUUCGGCGCUCUGCAUUUAAUCGAGGAGCAGGAACUGGAAUUGGAUCUCGGUGACGGGGCGUCGCACCUCUUACCGCAUGUUUCCCCGUCGGGCGGAACCAUUGAGCCGGCUGCUCACCGGUCGUCGCUUCCUCAUCAGCAUCAAAGACACUUCUCCGGCCCGCCACCUCCACCUUAUGUGUAUCAUCGUGCUGGCACUGCCUUACCGAGGUUUAUUUGAAAUUUAUAUAUGAUGUGUGGAUAGAGAGCGAACAACGUGGCAACUACUGACGAUCCUUUGUAUUCCUUCCUCUCUCAAUUUCUCUUUUUUCUCUCCUUU